AUGUCUGCUCCCGUUUUUUCUGAGUCCAACCCGCCGUCGCCUCUCCCCCAUUCCACUAUAUCCUCUCCCUUACUCCCCGCCGUCGCCUCUCCCACUCACCCCGCCGUCGCCGCUCCCUCCCACCCCGCCAUUGCGUCUCCCUCCCUCCCAGCCGCCGUCCCCGCUCCCUCCCAUCCCGCCGUCGCCUCUCCCUCCGCCGUCGCCUCUCCCUCCGCCGUCGCCUCUCCCUCCUCACCACCGUCGCCUCUCCCUCCUCUCCGCCGCCGCCUCUCCCUCCUCCCCGCCGUCGCCUCUCCUUCCCUCCCCGCCAUCGCCUCUCCUUCUCUCCUCGCCAUCACCUCUCCUUCCCUCCCCGCCGUCGCAUCUCCUUCCCUCCCCGCCAUCGCCUCUCCUUCCCUCCCCGCCGUCGCCUCUUCUUCCCUCCCCGCCGUCGCCUCUACUCCCUCCCCGCCGUCGCCUCUCCUUCCCUCCCCGCCGUUGCCUCUCCUUCCCUCCCCGCCGUCGCCUCUCCCUCCUCCCCGCCGUCGCAUCCGGCGACAGGUGCACGAGCGCAAGCGCGAAUUGGUGCGCGAGCGCGGGUUGGUGCGCGAGCGCAGAUUGUUUUCUGAGGCACCGUCGUUAUCAGGUGCGUUGCCAACCCUUUCAUCCACCCUUCCCCCUCUCAUAUUUCCUCUCUUUUUUUUUUUCGCUUCUUCGUAA